CGCAGGAGCGCGGUGGCCGGAGCGGGGCCCCGUGCCCCGGAUGUGCUCAUCCUCCCGGAAGUCCCGCAUCCAGCCGCUCGCUCUCUUUCCGCCGCCAUCUUGGACCCUGCUCCCCGCACAAAAUGCCCGGCGAAGCGACAGAAACCGUCCCGGCCACCGAGCAGGAGCUGCCGCAGCCGCAGGCUGAGACAGCCAAAAAGCCUCCCAAGAGCAGCUCCACUGCUGCUGCUCCAGUGCCGGCGGCUGCACCGGCUCCUGCUGCCCCCCCUGUGGCUAAAGCACCACCCAAGAGUCCCGGUGCAGCCACCCCAGCUCCCGCUGCCCCCCCUGCAGGCAAGGCAGCUCCUGUGAGCCCAGGCACUGCUCCAUCAGCCACAGCCACAGCAGCUCCUGCUGCUGCCAAAGCACCUCCAAAGAGCCCCGAUGCAGCCAGCCCAGCUCCAGCCACGGCAGCUCCUGUGAGCCCGGGCACUGCUCCAUCAGCCCCAGCCAAGGCAGCUCCUGUGAGCCCAGGCACUGCUCCAUCAGCUCCUGCAGCCAAAGCAGAUCCUGUGAGCCCGGGCACUGCUCCAUCACCUCCUGCUGCCCCCCCUGCAGCCAAGGCAGCUCCUGUGAGCCCAGGCACUGCUCCAUCACCUCCUGCAGCCAAGGCAGCUCCUGUGAGCCCAGGCACUGCUCCAUCAGCCCCAGCCAAGGCAGCUCCCGUGAGCCCCAGUGCAGCUCCAGGAGCCCCCUCUGCACCCCCAGCCCCGGGGGUUCCUGGUGCCCCCCAGAAGCCACCUCCUGACGCCGCUGCUCCCCAGGAGGCCACGGGUGGCUCUGUGCCCCCUCCCGCUCCCCCCGUGAAGAAGCAGAGCCCCGGCAAGGCCUCCAAGCGCCCGUCCCCAUCCAAACCCAGCACCAAAGCCCCCCCCUCCAUCCCCAAUGACAACGAUGACGAGGAGCUGCCCCCCCUGAUCCCCCCCGAGCCUCCCGCUGCCGAGCCGCCGGUGCAGCCCAUCCUGGUGGAUCUGUGCCCCCGAGCAGCCGUGGCCCCCCCCGAGGCUCCUGCUCCGGCCAAGCAGCCCGGCCUCAGGAAUGACAAGGGGUCCGGAACAGAGUCUGACAGCGAUGAAUCCGUACCAGAGCUCGAAGAGCAAGACUCCACACAGGCCACGACACAGCAGGCACAGCUUGCAGCAGCAGCUGAGAUAGAUGAAGAACCCGUCAGCAAAGCGAAACAGAGCCGGAGUGAAAAGAAAGCACGGAAGGCAAUGUCCAAGCUGGGCCUUCGCCAGGUGACAGGAGUAACCAGAGUCACCAUCCGCAAAUCCAAGAACAUCCUCUUUGUCAUCACAAAGCCAGACGUGUACAAGAGCCCUGCUUCAGACACCUACAUAGUCUUUGGCGAAGCAAAGAUCGAAGACCUGUCCCAACAGGCCCAGUUGGCAGCUGCUGAGAAGUUCAAAGUGCAGGGAGAAGCCGUUUCAAACAUCCAGGAAAACACACAGACCCCCACGGUGCAGGAGGAGAGUGAGGAGGAAGAGGUUGACGAAACCGGCGUCGAGGUGAAAGACAUCGAGCUGGUGAUGUCGCAGGCGAACGUGUCCCGAGCAAAGGCCGUGCGUGCCCUCAAGAACAACAGUAACGACAUUGUAAAUGCCAUCAUGGAGUUGACGAUGUAGCUGUGGGAUGGAGGAGCCUUUUUUGGUGUUUCAGAGAAGAGUUCAAAUGCGACUGCGUUUAAAAUUUGUACUAUUUCUAUCCGGGAAUAAAAGUUGUGGCUUAUUGUUGGUGAAAA